GUUACACGCAGCUCCAAGCUUGUUUUCGCCCAGAGCAGUAGAUAAUAAAUUGCCCCGCUCCAAUUGCACCGCACUAACAACACCACCAUUACUGGCACUGCAUCAUAUGCGCCUAAUACUCGCCCUUGCCCCCCCUUUCCCCCCCGCCGCUGUAAAUUGCUGUGCUACUGUUCUGCCGUUCUGCCGUUCAUUACUCAUAACUUCCCAACUUCGACAUUUACUGCACCAGUUUAGAGUUUGAUCCGUUUCCAACUACACAAACUAUCAAUUCAUACUCUUACACUCUUACACUUAUCACACCUAUCACCCACUAACACGCGCCAACAAUGUCCGCGUACGACCCUUAUGACCCUCCCCCGCGCGAGUACUCCCGCCGGGUUUACCAUGAUGACCGCCGUGAGAGGGCAACUCCCCGGUAUACCGAGACUCAGGAAACAUACUACAGAGUAAAUCCAACGAGCCGCACCGCACUUGUGCCUCGAGCGAGGGAAGAUAGUGACCAGCUUUCCAUCGAGGAAGUUAGUAGGGACUUUCCCCCUCCUGGCUACUCCCGAGAUAUCCGUAGAGCCAAAUCCGCCGACCCUGGCUACGAUGAUUACUACUACGACUCCCGCCGCCACGACGGUGCACGGGAUCACCAUUCUCGUAAGAAGCCCGCUAGUGUUUAUUACGAGGAGGAGGAGAGGGCCCGCAAGCGCGUUCUAUCUAAGCAAGAAAAGAUCAUUGCCGCUGUCGCGGGCGGUCUCCUCGCCGCCGGCGCCAAAGAGCUAUGGGAUCGCCAUGAAGCAGAGAAGGAAGGCGCCGAAGUUCAUCGCAACAUAGCCGCCUCCGCUGCUCUUGGCGCUGCCGGCGCACUUGCAGGCUACCAAGGAGUGGACUAUUAUAGUAAACACGCCAGUAAAGAUGACAAAAAGUCAACCUACAUUGUUCACAAAGGACGAGAUGGUAAAGUUAUCGAGUACUAUUCCGAUGAUUCCGAUGACGAUUCCAGACACCAAAAAGGCAACAAGUCUUUUCUUGAAAACGCCCUGGCCGCAGCUGGCCUGGGAGGAGCUAUCAAGGCCUUGACCGGUGGCGGUUCUGAGAGGGAUUCAAGAAGUCGCCGCGGUAGCCCAGACUCGUACCGUUCGCGAGGUAGCACAAAGAGCUCAAAAGAUACUCCUGCGGCUAGAAUGCAAAAGGCCGCCAAGGCAUCGCUCGUCGCAGGUGCCGCAGAGGCUUUCCGUGUUGCAAAGGAGCCUGGCGGAUGGAAGGGAGAGAAGAUGAAGCGAGUUCUUACCGCGGCUGCCGGUGCUGCAACCAUUGAUGCUGCUCAUGAUCCUUCCAAGGAUAGCAAACGCCACCUUGUAGAAUCCGUUAUCGGUGGCCUUCUUGGUAACCGCAUGCUCAAUGGCUCCAGAAAGGAUAUUGAGGAAGAUAGAAGGACAGGUCGGAGCAGGUCUCGCUCCCGUGCACGUUCCGAGGGUGGCGGAGGACCCGGUCUUGCAGCGCUAGCUACGGCAGGCUUGGGAGCGUUGGGCGCUAAAAAGCUUAUCGGUGGCCGGAGUAGGUCUCGGUCUCGCCCUCGUCGGGAUAGUAUCGACUCAUACGAUAGCCGGAGCCCCUCGCCCCCUCGGCGCCGCAGCCGUAGCCGCAGUAUCGUCGAUAAGACACGACGCAGCCUAGCUAAAAUCGGCCUAGGAAACGACCCUGAUGAGAAAGACGAUGACUAUGACGACCGGUCUUCUCGCCGGAGUCGUCAUAGAAGCCCGUCGGAUGACCGCUAUGACGAUGAUCACAAGUCUCGUGCCUAUAUGAAAGGAGGCCGAGGCCCUGCCAACGACGGUUAUGAUGAUUAUGAUGAGGAGGAGCGUUCUAUUGGUAGCGGACGACCGCGUAGUUCGUCCCGCUCACGAGGAGAUGGGCGUCAUCGCCGCCACCACCACCAUCGCGACGAUUAAUGUACCUACCUACCUACCUAUAUAUCCCGCUGUAAUGCAGCAAGGGGUUUUCCUGUGCUACCUGAUUCUUACCUGCGUCACCGAAAACGGGUCCAGGUGUCUGGAGCACCGGCCUCCUUGCAGCACAAGCGCGGAACAAGGGACGUCUACCAGUGGACGGUCUCUCGCUAACCGGAUGCCACGGGUUUGCGUUUCUGCCAUCACAAAAUUCGAUUUGGGGGCUCGAAACUAGUUAGCGGCCGUAAUGAGGAUGCGCACAGGGAUAAUAACAGGAUCGGCAGGUUUUUUUUUUUUUUUAGAAGAUUCGGUUGGGAAUCGCGAACGGGGAUCUCUAAGGAUUCUACUAUAGGUACACGUAACCGGGGGGGAUGGUGUGUAUAAAUGGAGAAAGAGAGGGGAAA